GGAGGGAACUGACACUGAGAUCCAGAAACUCCACAUAUUAUUUAUAUUUAUAUUUGUCAUCAGUAUAUAAAGUAUUAUUUGAAGACGUAGAGAGGAAGAGGAGGAUGGGAUUUGCUGAGCUGCUGGAGGAGGCUGGGGGCUUUGGCAGAUAUCAAUGGCUCCAUGUGACUCUCAUCAGUUUACCUGGUCUGAUGAUGGCCAGUCAGAACCUGCUGAACAACUUUGUCUCAGGAAGUCCCGCCCACCACUGCAGCCUACCGACCAAUCACAGCAGCCGAUACAACCUAUCCCACUACCAGGUAGAUGAGGAGCAGCUUCUGAGGGCCUUCAUCCCGAUGGACUCUUCGGGAAGUAGACUGGACCGCUGCAGGAGGUUUGUGGAGCCUCAGUGGCAGCUGUUAGCGGCUAACAGUUCAGCUAACGUUAGCCAGAUCCCAACCGAGGGAUGUUUGGACGGAUGGACCUACGACCGCUCAGAGUUUCUCUCCACCACUGUGUCCGAGUGGGACCUGGUCUGUGGUCUCCGGCCUCUCAAACAGAUGAUCCAGACCAUCUAUAUGGGGGGCGUUCUGACAGGAGCCAUUGUGUACGGAGGGCUGUCAGACAG